ACUAUAACUACUGUAACGCCUUGCCGCCGUGUGUUGUGUGUACAUAGACAGAAUGCUGUACAUUUCAUCAUUCCCUUGUGAAAAUAACAGACUAUGCAUUUGUGACUGACGUAUAAAAUAGUAUGGGUUUGUUUACAUAAUAAAACCCAAAUUUUUGUUCAACCCAAUAAAACUCGGAUCAAAGCGAGAAGGGUGUCCAGAAUGCAUCAGGCGCAUAUACCGCGAUCUAUUUCCGGGCGCGGGCGUCGGCCCUAUUCGUGUAAGCCUCGUUCAUUUUGAACUAAAACAUGCGCGAGCUCGGCCGCGGGGGCUCACUCGUGGCUGCCACCAUCGCGGCAUUACACAAUCGUACCGUAGUCGAAGAGAAGCCUCGGUCGGUCAAAUCACGAUCGACCUCCGCGGAGAUAAGAAAUGUUGCACGGUCCAUAAGAGAAGAAAAUUUUGGUGAGAAUCGGUCGCGAAGAGCUUCCGGUGGUAGUGAACGUCCUUUGUCAACUGCGUCCGAAGCCUCGGAACGUGACUCUGCUUCCGUGCAGUCCAGUGAGGAGCCGCCCCCACAGGAGAGCGGUGAUUCGGACAGCCCUGAUGAGGCGACAGUAAAAUGCACUAGGUCAGACGGAGCUGUGGCUGCAGCUCGCACUGGAGGAUCAUCUGACACAGAGUCGAGCUCUUCUAGUGCUGACGAUUCUGACGAACAAGAGUACGACACUCGCGGUUGUGAUGGAGAAUACCGGACACUGACGCCUAGCAGGCGUCUUGAUAAUUCUACUAGACGCGAUGAUGAUUUUACUUGGAUGCCAACCGGAAAUAUGGUCGACGAGGGAGAAGAGCAUGUCUCAGACGCGAGAGGAGAUGAUUAUUCAGCAGCGAGCUUGGAAAGACGUCGACGUACACCUGGCGAUAGGCAAGACCGUGAUCGCAAAUCAAGGUCGUCAGUGACAUCUAAGCCCCCUCAACACCCGACUAGUGUACGUGCAUCUCCGCGGCCGCGACGGUCACGGAAUGAAGAUACACCUCCAGAGCUGCAAAGGCGUUGGAACUCUUACGAGCACUUCCGAUGGCCUGAAGGCGGGUGGUGGCCGCCGAUGUGUUGGUGUCACGGACCUCCAGUGCCGCCGCCGUGUUACAUGCACGAUAGAGCUUGGCCUUCAAAUCCCUCGCUUCCUCCCAUGCCCACACGAACUUAUAAGAACGAUGCGGAGGAUCGCGUUCGUAGACUCGAGGCAGACAAGGAAAGUUUGCAUCUACAGGUGCAAGUGCUAUCGGAACAAAUCGCCGCGCAGACCGAGAAGAUGACGGAUCUGGAGCGAGCGCUGCAGGACGCAAGGCAGAGACUUGACGAUGCUGAACAAAGAUUGCAGAAGGAAAUGCUCCAACGUUCGUCCCUCGAGACGCAGAAGUUGGAGUUGUUAUCGAAAUUAAGUGAAGUGAGGCUGCGUGCAGCGGAACGCGGUAUUCUGGAGCGAUCGCCGCCACCACCGGAGCCUGUUAACGCUAUGCCUGUGGCCCGACCUGCGCCUCCAAGAACGCCACCAGCAAACUACGGUCGUCAGAUCGAGCGCAACACGCACAUGUACUCGUCGCUGCCGCGCUCGUCGGUGGUGACGUCAGAGGCCCGCGUGGCGUUCGGUAAACAGAACAACAUGGUGGUGGCGCGCGGCCGCGGACACUCUGUGCCGAACCUAGCGGAGAAGGAAGAGAGUGGUCACGGCAGCCCGGCGGGUACCGCGGCACUGCGCGCGAGGCUGGAGGGAGGCGACGCGCCAAGACAGAGAAGUACUACACCAAGACCGAGGACACAUCCUAUGCCAUGGGAAACGACAGACGUCCGCGAAUGGGACUGCGAGACCACCUGCGGCUGGUUAGAGAGCCUCGGCCUUGAAGUGUACGUGGCCGGCGCCCGCGCAUGGCUCAGCGGUACUAGCGAGCGCGGGGUACUGGCCGCCGCAUCUCAUAAUACUAUUGAAAAGGAGCUGGCUAUUAAACAUCCGCUGCAUAAGAAGAAGAUAUUGCUUGCUCUUACAGAUUUACUGGGCGGGCACGGAGACCCACUCCUAACCCUCGCAGGUCAGCUGGACACAGCAUGGACCCUACGCUGGCUAGAAGACGUGGGUGCUUGCGGCACUCGGGCGGCGGCCGCCGACGCCGCGCUUGAUGCUAGACUGCUGCAUCGCUUGACGCAUGCCGAUCUACAUGCACAUCUACGUGUCACACAUGCGCUACAUGCCCUGUCUAUACGCAGAGGUAUCCAAGUGCUCCGCGACAACAAGUUCGACCCGGAGACGAUGAUCCGGCGCGCGGCGGAGGGCGAGUCGGUGGGCGCGGAGGGCUCGGCCGACGCCUGCGUGCCCGCCCCGCGCCUGGCCCGCUGGUCCUCGCACCGCGUCAUGCAGUGGCUCAAGGAGAUCGACCUCGCCGAGUACGCGCCCAACCUGCGCGGAGCUGGUGUUCACGGAGGUCUUAUGUUGCUGGAGCCGCGAUUCACGGCGGAACUCCUGGCUGCUCUACUCAACAUUCCAGCUAACAAGACGCUAUUGCGGCGACAUCUUACGCAAAGAUUUAACGAUCUACUGGGCCGUGACGUGAUCCAGCAAAAGCGUAACGCCGAACAAACGCUCGGCUAUCAACCACUGACUGCAACCACCAAAUACAAGGUACCAAAGAAAAGCCAGUUCUCACUGAAGCGCAAGAAGAGUAAGGACGACCUGGAUCUCGGCGACCUCGUGUGUCCGCUGCACGAUGACUGCUCAGACGAUGAAAGUAAAAUCAGCAACAGCGGACGUCGCGUCGGCUGUCUCUCCCCCGCGUGACGAGGCGCGGGCGCAGUAACACUACACACUACUAUAAACAUGGAAUUACAUGAGCGGAGAUGCCAUAAUGCAGGUAGGUCAGGCGCCUUCUUCUGGGUCAAAUAGAUACGGUGAGCAUGACCAAAACAAUCACUUAGAGAAAGUGAACUAACGAGGCAUUCUUUGUCAAAGAUUUUGUUGUCGGGUCCAAAGAAAGCGUGUAAGGAAGAAGACAGUAACGUUCCUCGUUUUGGCACACCCGCAUUUUGGCGCGCUACUUUCUUAAGAGAUUUUCCGUUAUGGCACCUCCGCUUGUCAUUUUGUUCUCCUUGAUACUAACGCUGUAGGUAUGUGCGAUCGAUCAAUAAUUUAUAACUAAAAAUAUAAGAAACUGACUGUAAAGAAUAACCAAUUAAAAACAUGUGUAAGGUCUAGCAACAAUAUUUUGAGAAUUGCCUUCUAAAAAAUCUUAAUAAUUUCAUGUUCAUGUACUGCAUUAUCAACAAUUAAUUUAUUGUUAGUAGGUAAUCAUGGUGUUCUAAAAUUAUUGUAUUUUUUUAUUCUACUAUAAUUAGAAUUUUAAACAAUUGUUGCUAGAUCUUUUUGCGACCUUAAAGAUUCUGUAAGGUACCUAUUUAAAGUUAACUCUGGCAAAUCUAUAAAGUAGUUGCCUUUUAUUAAAAGGGCACGACUUUGAUAAUUGCAUUUUAUUAUGGAAUUCAGAGGAGUCAAAAGGGUGUAAUUAAAUUCAUUAAAAUCUGUUAAGUAUGUUUAAAAAUGUAUAAGUAUGUAAUAAGAAAAUAUCCGUUGUGGUAAAUGUUUUAACGGUAGUUAAAGUUUUAAUUGAGGUCUUUAUCUUAUUUCGAGAGUGUGUUGGUGCUAAAUUAUAUAUUUUGGCGAAUCGGCCCUAAAAAUGGAUAUUUAAGAUUUAGUCCUCAAAGUUAAAAUUAUGUCCAAGGUAUACAUUCAAAUAUAAAUAUACCUAAUGUAGUUUUUUAAAUGGAUUAAUGUGUAUUGAAUACAACUGCCAAAAAUCAUGAAAAAUCAACUUCUUGCUGUAAGUUUUAUUCAGGUCAUCAAUAUAUAAUUAUCAGUAUCUGUUUUCUUGUUAGUGAAGGAAAUAAGAAUUGAAGCAUAAAAGAUACCAUUAGUAAAUGGCGAUCAAGACAACAUACAUAACUGUUAAUGUAAUUCAUGUUUCAAUAAAAAUAUUUAUUUUAACUAUAAUUUUAUAGCUAAGUCAUUAUUGUUGAAGACUUAUGUGCUGAUUGAGAUAAUAUUGAUCGAAAAUAAAGGACUUCACAUUAUCAAGCGAGCAAUAGACAUUCCAUGAGUUUGUUUCAUAAUGAAAUCCUUUUUAGAAGUGAACAUAAUCAACUGACUUUUCAAUAUAAUAAGUAUUAUACAGUUGUUAAAAGUUUUGCAGUACUUAGAGCUUUUUACAAGUAAUUAAGUAGCUUAUUAGGAAUCGACUGAAAGGCGACAAUAUUAAUCUGGUCUCUUUUCCAUUUCCUUGGAAGUAAUGUACUAUGUAAGAGAUUAUAUACCGGUUUAUAAUAUAUUUACUUAGAUAGAAUUGAGGCGGCUUAAAUAGUUGUUUCUUAUAAGUCUUCAUGUUUGUUUAAGAAAUGUAUUAUAAAUAAUAAUAUAAAUAUAUUAUUAUAAGCAGUUAUCUGGUUACAGACAGCCUCUUGUUACGUAUAUUACAAAUAAAGCAUUUGUUUAUAUCGAUUUGAGUAAAGUAAUCCCUAAUUUAUGUUUCUGAUUACGCACAAUGUUCAAGAUGAAAUUUAAAACCGUUAACAAAUUUUCUCAGGCAAUAGUAUAGUCCACAAUCCUGUUCCUACCACGUUGUGCCAAAUAUUAUAAAUGUUGUAAGCCCUUUACGAUAGUCCCUCGUCUUCCAUAGGCUUUAUAAAUACGAGUUAAAAACUAGUGAGUGAAUAAUUUCACUAAUGUAUAUCAUUAAAACAACAAAGUCUUUGUACAAUUACGUAUUAAAACAUUUUUACAAUAUCUUAAAAAAUAUAAAAAUAAAGAAUUUUAAAAGUUUAAUAAAUAUAGAAUGAACACAA